GCAUUUUAUUUUCGACGUUAGUGUUCGGCCCAGCCUGUGGCUUCAUCCUCGGUUCUGUUUGUACCAAAGUCUACGUUGAUGCCGUCUUCAUUGACACCAGUAAGCUGGACAUCACCCCUGACGACCCUCGCUGGAUCGGGGCCUGGUGGGGGGGCUUCCUCCUUUGCAGUGCCUUACUCUUCCUGUCGGCCCUCUUCAUGUUCGGCUUCCCCCAGGAGCUGGARGAGCAGGACAUAAACGGCGGAGGGGAGAGUGAGCAGGCCAUGCUGCCUUCGGCUCUGUCCCAGGAGAGCCAGGGUCCUAAACCCAACGGAGCCAUCCGAGGCUUCGAUAUGAACAGUGGACUCUCAGUCUGGGAGCAUCUGAGAGUGAUCCCUCGGGUGACCAGGCACCUUCUCUCCAACCCCGUGUUCAGCUGCAUCACGCUGGCGGCCUGCAUGGAGAUCGCAGUGGUGGCUGGUUUUGCUGCUUUCCUGGGAAAAUACCUGGAGCAGCAGUUCAAUCUCACCACCUCUUCGGCCAAUCAGCUGUUAGGGAUGACAGCCAUCCCCUGUGCCUGUCUGGGUAUCUUCCUGGGUGGCCUCCUGGUUAAGAAGCUGAACCUCUGUGCUCUGGGUGCCGUCCGCAUGGCCAUGCUGGUCAACCUGGUGUCCACCGCCUGCUAUGUCUCUUUCCUCUUCCUGGGCUGUGACACGGGCCCUGUGGCCGGGGUUACAGUUGCCUACAGCAACGAAACGCUGCGGUCCUGGCAGCAGCCGGAGUCGGCCUGCAUCAAUAACUGUAACUGUUACACCGCCUCGGUCAGCCCGGUGUGUGGAUCCAACGGAGUCACCUACAUCUCAGCCUGCUUCGCUGGCUGCACCAAACCAAACCUGAGUAGCUGCGCGUGCAUAUCCAGCUCCAGCGAAGACGCCGUGGCUUUACCGGGAAAGUGCCCGAGUCCCGGCUGUCAGCAGGCCUUCCUCACCUUCCUGUGUAUUAUCUGUGUGUGCAGCAUGAUCGGAGCCAUGGCUCAGACCCCGUCCGUCAUCAUCCUCAUCAGAACUGUAAGUCCAGAGCUGAAAUCAUACGCCCUCGGAGUUUUGUUCCUGCUCUUAAGGCUGAUAGGCUUCAUCCCUCCCCCUCUGAUCUUCGGGAUGGGCAUCGACUCGACCUGCCUGUUCUGGAGCUCGGUCUGCGGCGAGAAGGGAGCCUGCAUGCUCUACAACAACGUGUCCUACAGGCACCUGUACGUCAGCAUCGCCAUCGUCCUCAAGUCUUCGGCCUUUGUCCUGUACACCACCACGUGGCAGUGCCUGAGGAAGAACUACAGGAAGUACAUCAAGAACAGCGAGGGCUACCUGACGCCCACCGAACUCUUCGCCUCCAAUGUGACUCUGGACAAUUUGGGCAAGGAGAUCACGCAGAAUCCAACCAACAGGACAAAGUUCAUAUACAACCUGGAGGACCAGGAGUCGUGUGACAACAUGGAGUCAGUUUUAUAGAGGCGAUCUGCAAAUAGACAACAGCAGCUAUUAAUGUGCAGUUUGGUGUUGUAUCUGUUUAGAGCAUCAUUCGCUUUAAGGGUCCUACUCUCUUUUCACCCAGAAACAUUGGACCCKUUAAGAAAAAUGAAGAAGAUAUUAUCUCUCUUAUCGUAGUGAAAAUCGACAGGAUUAGAAAAAAGUGUUUAGGAAUUUGGGGAUAUUCUUCUUCUUUAAGCAACGAAAAACAGAGAUUACAAAAACAAAAUAUAACGAUUCUUCUUAAAAACCAAACUCCAUUAGGUUUAGGCUUACUAUAAGACCAGAGCUUUGUCAGGUAGGUUAUUUACCUGCAGUAUUUCUCAGGUGUGGUAGAAAAGAUGCAAAAAUUAUUCUUAAAACAUGUUUCCUUACCAGUUUAAUGCAGUUUGGACACUUCUUGAAACAACUUGCCAACCCUGUAGGAUCUUAAUCUUGUUUUUUACAGUAUUAACUAACUUAACUCUGUCAGUUUCCACUUAAAUCAAAAAUAAUUUUAUGAGUCAUCAUAAAAGGCAUUUCUGCAGCAGUGGAAAAUUAAUGAAGUCUUGUGGUUCUGACAGUUACAGCAGUAAUUUUGUUAGUUUAGUGUUUUAAAACUGGUUGAGAAGUAAAAAURACAUCAAAUAUUAACAAAAACAGUAUUUAAAAUAUUUUUCUCAAAGUUAUUUUAAAUGUCAGAAGUAUAUUCUUCUAUUUGAAUCAAGGUCAUAAACUUUAUCCAAUACAUAGAAAACAAAACAAAAAAAAAAAUACACUGGAUUCUUUUCUUGCUUUAAUCACAUAAUUGUUUAUUAAUAAGUAAAAGAUUAUCUCUUUAUUUCAGGAUCUAUCUUAUUCACAGAACCACAGGAUUUUUGUUACUUUUUUUUUUUACUUAAAGUGAUAGUUCAGGUCUUUCACGAGUGUUUGUGCAGAAGUUAUGAACAAUCAGUAUCUUACCUGUCAUAAGUAGGUCUUUUUGAACGUCUUCAGUUUGGAGAAAGAGCUUAAUUCUGAGCACACAUUUAGUCUGAGCAGGACCUACAUUAAACUCUGUUUCUCCAAACGGAGGUCUAUCAAGCUCUAUCUACAACAGGUAAGAUACUGAUCAUAACCUUUCCACAGAACCCCUGUUCAAAAGAAUAAAGCUGAACUAUCACUUUAACAACAGAGAACACACAUGUUAAUGUAGAGAAUACAAACUAUAAAUUGUCACUUUAAUGUCAAAGUAAAUAAUGUUGUCUGUUUGGACAAGGCAGACCUGUUUUUAAUACCUCUGGCUGUCAGCGUGGUUAGACAGCUAUCAAAGUACAGGGUGAGUCAAAAGUCACAGGACACCCCUUUUGACUCACCCUGUCCCGAUCUGACUCCACAAGCAGCAUAAAUACUAAUUGAAAACUGAUGCAGUUUAAUCUAAAUAUAUUAAUUUACAGGUUUGAUAUUUUUGUGUAAAUGCAUCCUGACGCAGGAAUGCAAAGAUAACAAAACAAGAUUUUAAAACACAGACGUUGAGCCCCUGUGGUGUGUGUUAUUAGGCAUAAAAGGCUGGAUCUGUGUAGAGGAUGUUGUCACCAACACCACUGUCACCAGGCAUAAAGCUGACAGUAGGAGCUUACAGACCGAGUAAGGCGCUUCAUUUAAACACCAAAUCAACACCAUGAGACCUCAUGAUUAUAGUAUUUUAGCUGUCAGUGAGCACAGGGUCCUGGCAGAAAUUAAUUCAAAUGCAUGCUGUUGAUGCAUGCAAAUAAAAAAAAUCAGAGUAAAGUUAGGAGUUGCACAGACUCUGUGUUUGACACAAAUGGCCUCUGGUUUGUGUUUACGACUAUAGAAGAGCUUUAUAAGCAUACUGCAUUGGGAUGCUGAAAGGUUUUAUCUUUAUUAUACCUCUGCUGAGUCACAAUCACUCAUACUGAAGUGAUUUACAGGAUUUUUGUUAUUUUGUAAAUCUUAUUUACUUUUCUUCUUGAAGAAACAAAUGGGCCGCUUAUGUUUUACAUAUAUAGAUGAUAUAUUCUACUGUUUUACCGACUUACUCAGUAAGUUUAUUUUAUACAUUUUGCAUCAAAAGUUCAUUAUUGCCACAGGUUCCUUUCAAGGUGUGGGCGGAGUUGUGGUAGCUCGGUGGUCAGUGCUGCGGCCUUGUAAUCCUGAGGCUGCAGGUUUAAGCCCAGGUUAAGUCAGGAAGGGUAGCCGGGGUAAAACAUUUGUCAAAACUGUCAGCAGAAUGGAGCAGCCGAAAGACAAAACAUGAUUCCUUUGAAGUGUGGAUGUAAUUGGCAGACUUCACUGUUCUGCAGAAAAAAAAAUACACCCUUAAAUCAGUCCAUAUAAAUACAUGAUUGACAGCUUGAUUUUUUUUUUAAUCAUAGAGCUUUUUUUUAUUUCUUAAUACUGCAACAACUAAAACUUACCGUGACUGUUCUGGGUUAAAAUAACAGCUUAUUUUAUUGGUGAUGGUAAGUGGAUUUUGUUUUCUGAGCCAGGCUUGCAGUUGGAUAAAGACAAAAAAAAGUUAAAAGAUUUAAAUACCACAAUGAAACUUUUGUUUUUUAAAAGAUAAUUUUUUAAAGUUGAUCAUAGCAUUGUGUUAAAGAUCAACCUUUAAUGGACUCAAAAUUGGCUGUAAAGUGAGUAUGUAAAUAAAUACUCUGACAUUCUGCAACAAGAAUUAAUACUUUCUCUUAUUUUAUGUCAUUGGCGCCUGAAGUGCUUAAAGAUUAACUUGUAGCAGAAAAUGCAGGCCCUGUCUACACUACUGUGAAUAUUUAAACCUUUUUUUUUAUUUCAGAUGUAUUUAGAAAUACAGUCUURAGAAACCUUUACCGCAAUUCUGACAAAAAUGCUGAAAUACCCACAGAGCACCACUAGAUGAAGUCAAUGCUCACAUUAACAACAUCAAAAUACAAAGAAAGCACAUUUUGACAUUUUUAUUCACCGUUUAGUUUCCUCACAAUGACUAAUCCAUUUCUGUACGCAGUAGGUUUAACUGAGUUUAAAAUAUCCAAACAGGUGUAGGCGGGGUCUCAUGACUGCAGAGCUUAAUGAGCUUAAUGUUAACAAUUAAAAACAGGUUUUAGAUUUUCCUAAAGCAAGGAAAAUUCUAAAUAAUAUUACCUUCUGGCCACCUCCUCCUUCACAGUAACCAUAUUAGGUGGCUUUGUCUUUGCGAUGUAUAUCAUCCAGUGAAUCACAGUAUUAAUUCCUCUGUACAUAGAAGUGCCAUAAAUGUGCUGAAGUGACACCAUAGAAAUGUUCUGUAACAUUGUGAGGAGAACUAAAUGUUAUUACGCAGCAGUACAGAGUGGAUUCUCCGGGUGUUUGUUACCUCUUCCCUGAAUUUAUUUGUCAGCAUCUAAAGUAAAAAUGGCCCAAAAGCUGAACAACUGUUGUACAUUGAACUAAUGAACCGUAAUAUUUGACACAUGCUCAAUGUUAAUAGGUAGGAAGUGUCUAAAAAGUGAAGGUUGUGCCUGGUUUUGAUGAACCUCUACCACGUGGAAACAUGAAUGGUUUGCUCACUGAUGGGAGCUUCAGCCUGACAGUGGCAUUGUGCUGUACAGUGAACAGUGUUGACUGCAGAAGAAUCAGCCAAACUUCACAGACUGCAUCCCUGCAGCUGUGGCCAGGUGUUACUUUGUUUUUUCUUGUUCCGACAAGAGCCGUGUUGUGCCAUAUCAACCCGUGCGCUGCAACGUUCAGCGCUCACCUAAAAAGAAAACAAAAACAGAGAAAAAAGCAAACAUUCUUGGUGUGUCCAACGUGUCGGCAAGUGUGACUGGACCUCAUCACCUGCGGCAACAAGACUGUUUCUUUUGGCACCUCGAUGUGCUUGACAUGUUUUUUCCCUUGUGAUGAGAAAAUACCUUUAGAGCGUAAAUGUUUUUUUAACAUUCUAUUUUUCUCAUGAUUCUCUUUCAAUGGCCUUGCUUUAUGGUUGACUUUUACAGUGGGACUCCAGUGAUUAGAUUAUUGGCAAAUGACGAGUUUAGUACCAAAACAUCAUGUUUGUGUCCAAAAAUAAGCAUUUAAUCAAAAGUCCUCAACAGACCAUUGUACUAGUUUCUUGAAAUGAUUGGUGAUUGUGUUGCUUCAAAUCAACUCUGAAAAACUGUAAACUCUUCAUAAACACAUAAUCCUUUGGUCUGAGUCUCAGCAUGUUGCCUUUGAACAAAGUGAAACCUUGAACGACGUUAGUGAUGGUUUUAGAUUGGCAUGUCUGCUUGUGUAGAUGGUAUUUAGUGUGUGAUCUUCAAGAUUCUUUGCCAUGGACCUAUAAAAAGUAGAAGGGCAUUGAAAUAUGAAAAUUUAUGCUAUAUUUUCAAAGCUUCACUUAAUAUUUUUAGAUGUGCCCUCAUACUUGUCUGGAUUUUUUAUUAUUAACAUUAUUUUAUGAGUUUGUAUUUAAAAACUUUCAUUUCUGUAUAUUUUUUGGAGAUGAAAAGAUGAUUGUAUGUUUAUUGUAAAUACAUUAAAUAUACUAUUUUUGUUUUCAGUUUGGA